AUGGACCCACAGGCUUUUUACGGCAAAAGAAAUAAAAUAGAGAUGCGUCCUCGACGAACAAUCGUCGUAAUUCCAGAGAGCAGCGAGGAUGAAAAUGUAUCAGAUGAUGAGACUUACAGUACUCAAGAUCCUUUACAUAUAAAUGAAGAAAAAGAAAAGUCUUCCUCGGACGGAGAAGAUGAAGAAGGAAAAGAGGAACUGGACCAGCUAUUUCCUGAGUGCACUGAAGAGCAUAUGGAAACGUUAGAAAAUUUUACAGACAAUCAACCUUCUACUUCACAGGCAGCUUCUUCAAGUAAGAAAGAAAAGAAAGAUAAGUUGGUGUGGUCGGAUGACAAUCUUCAGUAUGAUGAAUCCAAUAUUGCUUUUUUGGGAUCUGAAAAUCUUCCAGAUGAAAUAAUGCAGCUAAAUACUCCAAUGGAGUUUUUCAAAUUUCUUUUUCCGUCAUCUGCUGUAAAUUUAAUUGAGGAAGAAAGCAACGUAUACGCAGCACAAAUUUUCCCCGAAAACUUGAAUUCAGUGACACAUAAAGACAUUUAUAAAUUUAUUGGUAUUAUUAUCUACAUGUCGGUAGUGCACCUGCCAACUACUCGUCAUUACUGGAAGGAGGGCACAUAUGUUGAAAAAGUUGCAAAUGUUAUGACGUGCAAUAAAUUCGAAGAGAUUAAAAGAUUUCUGCAUUUUUUCGACAAAACAAAAGAACUAAAACCAUAUGACCCGCAGUUUGAUAGACUUCAGAAAAUACGCCCACUUAUGAAAAUCCUACGCGAAAGACUGCUAAAAGUGCCGAAAGAGGAAUUUUUGUCCAUUGACGAACAGAUGAUCCCUACUAAGGCCCGAACUUCAGGAAUCAGACAGUACAAUGCAAAGAAACCCCAUAAGUGGGGUUAUUUGAAUUACGUAUUAAGCGGAGUCAGUGGAUUUAGUUACGACUUUGAAUUAUUCGGAGGAAAAUACCCAGCACCGCCUGAAAACUGUCCCGAUCUUGGAGUGCCAGGAAAUAUGGUUCAAAGACUAUUGAAGACUGUCUCGGACAAUUUGAACCAUAAGAUUUUUGUCGAUAACUGGUACACAAGUUUGCAGCUAAUGGCAAACUUGCACAAAAAAGGUAUUCUGCCAUUAGGCACAGUACAACUGAGAAGAGCUCCAAAUACAAAUAUAAAUAAAAAAGCUUUAGAAAAGAAAGAACGAGGUUAUUGCUCCGAAAAAAGUGUUGCUGUUGAUAACGUUAAGCUAUCAGUUACCAGUUGGGUCGACAAUAAAGCAGUCAGUUUGUGUUCAUCCUAUGUAGGCAAGGAACCAAUGGGAGUUGUGAAAAGAUAUUCCAAAAAACAUAAGCGUAGAGUUGAUGUUUCUUGCCCAAAAGCAGUAUCAAUUUAUAAUAAAUACAUGGGCGGUGUCGAUUUACUAGAUGCCAUGUUAGGCUUCUAUAGGAUCAAAAUCCGCAGUAAAAAAUGGUACCACCGCCUGUUCUUCCAUUUCAUUGAUCUCUGUUGCGUGAAUAGUUGGCUAUUAUGGCGGAGAGUCAUGAAACAAAAGGCUGAAGAUAUUUACAUUCCAUUGCUUGACUUUAAAUUAACCAUAGCAGAUGUAUUGAUGCACAAAGACUCAAAGGUAUAUACUCCGACUACACGCAAACGAGGACGACCACUGAAUCAAGAUGUUGAGGCAAUUAAAAAGGGGCAAUCAAGGCGACGCAUAGAACUGCCUCCAAUGGAAGUAGCUGGAGACGGGUUCAACCACUGGCCGAAUUGGAAAACUGAUCGCCAAAGGUGUAAAAUGGUAGGAUGCACGCAGAAAUCCCAAGUGAUGUGCGAAAAGUGUGGGUGUUAUCUUUGUUUUAACAAAGAUCGCAACUGUUUUAAAAACUUUCACACAUAA